GCUGGAGCCGACUACCGGCUCGCCAGGGUGUGCUGGAGCCAUGGGCGAGCCUUGGCGCCUGGGUCCUGCGGCCUGCUCCUUGCUUUUUCUGUGCUCGGCUCUGCUGGCCGCGGGAUGCGCCCUGGGUCUGCGCCUGGGCCGUGGGCGGAGCGCGGUAGAGCGUGCCGUGCUCGCCUGGCUCUGCUACGACACGCUGGUACACUUCGUGCUGGAAGGCGCUUUUGUCUACUUGUCUGUAGUAGGAAAUGUUGCAGAUUCCCGAGGCUGGAUUGCAUCUUUAUGGAAAGAAUAUGGCAAGGCUGACGCGAGAUGGCUGUAUUUUGAUCCAACCAUCGUGUCUUUGGAAAUCCUGACUGUUGUCCUGGACGGGUUUCUGGCACUGGUCCUCAUUUAUGCCAUAGUCAAGGAGAAAUAUUACAGGCAUUUCGUACAGAUCUCCCUGUGCGUGUGUGAACUCUAUGGUGGCUGGAUGACCUUCUUCCCUGAGUGGCUUGUUGGAAGUCCCAACCUCAACACCAAGAGCUGGCUCUACUUUUGGGUCUAUUUGGUGUUUUUCAAUGGCCUGUGGGUUCUGAUCCCAGGAGUACUACUGUGGCAGUCGUGGAUAGAACUGAAGAAGGCACUUUACCAAGGGGCUGCUUUAGAGAAAAAGUGUGAGUAAAGUCUCGGAACAAUCCAUUCUGAGGCUCUGCUCUACCCGUCAGGAUUGACAUCACAUUUCCAUCUAAGCUUCCUUUUUACAGAGUUUUCAAACAGCCAUUACGGAUGGGCUGGAAGGUACCAAACUUUGCUGUUUGUUUUUGUUGAGUAAAUGUUAAUAAAAAUCGAGAAGUUGGGUGUGA